CCGCAAAAGGUACUUUUUUCGUCUCCUCCUUUUCCUAUUUCCCAUAAUGGCCCAGGAGGAAAAGCCAGGAGGACAGGACUUUUCCAGUCCUGAGAGUCUCCUAGACACGUUGCUGCACAAACUCUACGACUUCGGAGAGACGGUAGAUAAAAAGAAAUUGAAAAGAAGCAAAAACAAAAAGGAGAGCAAGAGAGAUUCCAUAACCACAGAAGCCUUGACAGUGAACACAGCCUUGCAGCCAGAAUCUCUUUCCAGAAGACAAAAGAAAAGUACUGUUAGCUUCUUCAAAAAGCUUAAGGAAGAGGUUCUUUGUGACCCUUCCGAGGACUCCACUGAGACUGCAUCUACUCCUGAAGUCUCUGCAACUGUUUCCCCCACUCCGUUGCUAAAGAAGGGCAAAAGAGACCCAGUGGAAGUGGUUGAGUUUCAGAGCUGGAAUAAAAAGAAGAAAACGGAACUAGAACCUCCCAAAGAUGAGGACACAAAGACAAAAGCCAACAUCCCUGAGAAGGAAUCAGAUAUGCAAGAGUUUAAUUUGGAAAAGGCCCGUUUGGAAGUGCAUCGAUUUGGGAUCACUGGAUAUGGGAAGGGGAAAGAACGGAUUCUUGAACAGGAGAGAGCCAUCAUGCUGGGUGCGAAGCCCCCAAAAAAUAAUUACGUGAAUUACAAGGUUUUGCAGGAGCAGAUCAAAGGGAAAAAAGCAGCAAUGGAAGAAGAAAAAAGAAUGGCCCAGAUCACAGACGCUUUCAGAAAAAAGAAGAGGAAAGGUUCAGAGGAUAGUCGGAAGUCCAAAAAGAAGAAAUCGGCUCCCAGUAUUUUGUCAACGGGAUCAGCAGGACAAAUUGGAAAAUUCAAAAAUGGGACACUGAUUCUGAGUAGUGUGGAUAUCAAGAAAAUAAAUUCUUCCAAAGGAAUUAAAUGAAACAUUAAUUGAAUUAGCUAAAAGGAGAAAAGAAGCUGAGAUAAUCCUUAUUAUCCUAAAAGAAGACCUACAAAUUCCCUAAGUCUCGAAAUGUUGAGUUGUUCUGUCUAUUCUGUAUGUUUGCUACCUCUUGAUGUGAUUUGCCUGUUGUAUAAAAUAAAUAUGAGUGACAUUAAAGUUAUUUUUUAAUUUA